AUGACGGCGAUUUAUGACACGGCCGGCGACAUGACGGCGAUUUAUGGCAGGGCGACCAUCGCCGUCCCAUCGCCGUCCCAUCCCAUCCCAUCGCCGCCCCAUCCCAUCGCCGUCCCAUCCCAUCCCAUCGCCGCCCCAUCCCAUCGCCGCCCCAUCCCAUCGCCGUCCCAUCCCAUCGCCGCCCCAUCGCCGUCCCAUCCCAUCGCCAUCCCGUCCCAUCCCAUCGCCCCAUCCCGUCCCAUCCCAUCGCCAUCCCGUCCCAUCCUAUCGCCAUCCCGUCCCAUCCUAUCGCCAUCCCGUCCCAUCCCAUCGCCAUCCCGUCCCAUCGCCGUCCCAUCGCCGUCCCAUCGCCGCCCCAUCCCAUCGCUGCCCCAUCCCAUCGCCGUCCCAUCGCCGUCCCAUCGCCGCCCCAUCCCAUCGCUGCCCCGUCCCAUCGCCGUCCCAUCGCCGCCCCAUCCCAUCGCCGUCCCAUCCCAUCGCCGCCCCAUCCCAUCGCCGUCCCAUCCCAUCGCUGCCCCAUCCCAUCGCCGUCCCAUCCCAUCGCUGCCCCAUCCCAUCGCCAUCCCGUCCCAUCCCAUCGCCAUCCCGUCCCAUCCCAUCGCCAUCCCGUCCCAUCGCCGCCCCAUCCCAUCCCAUCGCCGUCCCAUCCCAUCGCUGCCCCAUCCCAUCGCCGCCCCAUCCCAUCGCCGCCCCGUCCCAUCGCCGCCCCAUCCCAUCGCCGCCCCAUCGCCGCCCCAUCCCAUCGCCAUCCCGUCCCAUCGCCGUCCCAUCGCCGCCCCAUCCCAUCGCCGUCCCAUCCCAUCGCCGUCCCAUCGCCGCCCCAUCCCAUCGCCGUCCCAUCGCUGCCCCAUCCCAUCGCCGCCCCGUCCUAUCGCCGUCCCAUCGCCGCCCCGUCCCAUCGCCGUCCCAUCGCCAUCCCGUCCCAUCGCCGCCCCGUCCCAUCGCCGUCCCAUCGCCGCCCCGUCCCAUCGCCGUCCCAUCGCCGCCCCGUCCCAUCGCCGUCCCGUCCCAUCGCCGUCCCGUCCCAUCGCCGCCCCGUCCCAUCGCCGUCCCGUCCCAUCGCCGUCCCAUCCCAUCGCUGCCCCAUCCCAUCGCCGCCCCAUCGCUGCCCCAUCCCAUCGCCGUCCCAUCCCAUCGCUGCCCCAUCCCAUCGCCGUCCCAUCGCUGCCCCAUCGCCGCCCCAUCGCCGUCCCGUCCCAUCGCCGCCCCAUCGCCGUCCCAUCCCAUCGCCGUCCCAUCCCAUCGCCGCCCCAUCGCCGUCCCAUCCCAUCGCCGCCCCAUCGCCGCCCCAUCCCAUCGCCGUCCCAUCCCAUCGCCGUCCCAUCCCAUCGCCGUCCCAUCGCCGCCCCAUCGCCGCCCCAUCGCCGUCCCAUCCCAUCGCCGUCCCAUCCCAUCGCCGUCCCAUCCCAUCGCCGUCCCAUCCCAUCGCCGUCCCAUCGCUGCCCCAUCGCCGCCCCAUCGCCGUCCCAUCCCAUCGCCGUCCCAUCCCAUCGCCGUCCCAUCCCAUCGCCGUCCCAUCCCAUCGCCGUCCCAUCGCUGCCCCAUCGCCGCCCCAUCGCCGUCCCAUCCCAUCGCCGCCCCAUCGCCGUCCCAUCCCAUCGCCGUCCCAUCCCAUCGCCGUCCCAUCCCAUCGCCGUCCCAUCCCAUCGCCGCCCCAUCGCCGUCCCAUCCCAUCGCCGUCCCAUCCCAUCGCCGUCCCAUCCCAUCGCCGCCCCAUCGCCGUCCCAUCCCAUCGCCGUCCCAUCCCAUCGCUGCCCCAUCCCAUCGCCGUCCCAUCGCUGCCCCAUCGCCGCCCCAUCGCCGUCCCAUCCCAUCCCAUCGCCGGUGUCAGAGGGUUUUGAUGGUGAUGCAGAGCAAAUCGUUUUAGAAAGUGAGGAUAACAUUUCUGAAAAUUCAGACUCCGACACUGAGUUUGAAGAGGAGGAUAAGCAUCAGCCAGCUCCAAAACGUAAAAGAGCCUCAGGACUAGCCCUUCAGCAGCCAGGACAAGCCUGCAAGCAGCCAGCCCCAGGACCAUCCCGUGAGCAGGCAGGACCAGCCCGCAAGCAGCCAGCCCCAGGACCAUCCCGUGAGCAGCCAGGACCAGCCCGCAAGCAGCCAGCCCCAGGACCAACCUGUGAGCAGCUAGCCGUAGGACUAGCCCGUCAGCCUACUCUGAAACACAAGCAAACCUCAGGACCAGCUCGCCAGCAGCCAGCCCCAGGACUGGCCAAUAAGCAGCAAGCUACAGGACCAGCUCAUCAGUCAGCUUCAAAACGCAAGCAGGCCUCAGGACCAGACCACGAGCAGCCAGCCAUAGGAGCAGCCUGUUAG